AUGGCCAGCGGGCUGGUGCUGGACCUUGCGCCUGAGACCAAGCCUGUCAUUCACUGGAUUAUGGAUAUUCCUUUUGUGCUCUCUGCCAAUCUCCAUGGAGGAGACCUUGUGGCCAAUUAUCCCUACGAUGAGACCAGGAGUGGAAGUGCUCAUGAAUACAGCUCCUGCCCAGAUGAUGCCAUUUUCCAAAGCGUGGCUCAGGUGUACUCCUCUUUCAACUCAGUCAUGUCUGACCCCAACCGGCCACCCUGUCGCAAGAAUGAUGAUGACAGCAGCUUUGUAGAAGGCACAACCAACGGUGGUGCCUGGUAUAGUGUGCCUGGCGGGAUGCAGGACUUCAAUUACCUCAGCAGCAACUGUUUCGAGAUCACGGUGGAGCUCAGCUGUGAGAAGUUCCCACCCGAGGAGACCCUGAAGAGCUACUGGAAGGAUAAUAAGAACUCCCUCAUCAGCUACCUUGAGCAGGUAAAUGCAGUCCCCAGCAUGCAAUGGGAGAUUCAGGAGCAUUUACACUGGU